AUGUCGAGCAAUACGAAUGAUUAUCCAUCGUGUAUUAAAAUACCAAAUGGAAAACAAGAUCAUAAAAAUGCACAACAUCAAAUAAAAGAAAAUCUACCAUUAGUUAUACAAUUACAGAAGAUAAAAUUUGUGAACGAUGCAUUGUUAUUAGCAGCAAAUGAAAUAUUUGGAGAAGAAAAAUGGAGUUAUUCAGUUAGUAAUCAAACAUUAGAUUUUGUUGAUUCUGCCUGGGGUGUUUAUAUUGUUGGAUGUCAUACAUUAAUUAAAAUAGAAUUAAGUUCUGGAAUCUAUCAUGAAGACAUGGGAUAUAGUAUUAAGGAAGGAUCAGUCAAAGGUGAAGCUAUACAUUGUGCUAGAGUUGCUUCUUACAAUGACGCAUUAGUUAAAGUUUUAUGCAGUUUUGGUGGUAACAUAAGGGUAACAGCUAAACAACUUUCCAAAGAACUUUCUAAUUCUCUUAUUCCUCUUAAAAACAAGUCGUCUUCUGUAAUCAAGUGGAUAAUAACAAUAAAAAAUGUAAGAAUAAAAAGAUUAAAUAUAUGUGCUAUUACUUUUCUCGUAUGA